AUUUGUAACUUGCCUCCCUCCAAAACAAGCAUUAAACAGCACCAAAAAUCUUCUCUCUCUCUGCGCAGUACAAAGCCACACGGACUCUCUAUGUUUGGCGCGCGUCCUCUUUCUUUCGACACAUAGCCCAUUUUUGUACAUUCCUUAAACACUCACAAACACAGGCAGCCACACCCCUAUCCUUCAUUUCUCGUAAGCGUGUUUUUGUACAUGACCUUUCCAAGUCUAGCUCUCUCUCGCUCAUGAACUGCAAACCUUCGACGAUUACAUCAACUUCUCGACAAUGGUGACAACAGCGGAGUCAGCGGUCCACAAAAGCCAUCAGCAAAGCCGUGUUUUAAUUGUGGGCAAUUACUGCCACGAUGUUUUGAUCCAAAAAAACGCCGUUAAAGCUGUAUCGCUUGGUGGUGCAGCCUCUGUCAUUUCCAAUGUUUUCAAUGGAGUGUCAAUUUCUUGUAAUUUAGUAUCGAAAGUUGGGGAAGAUUUUAAAUACCCAGUUAGUUAUACCCCAAUUGUAAUUCCCACUUUAAAAACUACUGUUUUCCACUCUUAUUUUGAUCCGGGUCUUCAUGGAAAUGAUCAUCAAGAUCGGAUCUUAAAACGGGUCUGUGCUUGUGACCCGAUUAGGCCAUCGGAUCUUCCAGAUACGAGGUUCAAGUAUGGAAUGGGAGUUGGUGUUGGCGGGGAAAUACUGCCCGAGACGCUUGAGAGAAUGAUUGAGAUUUGUGAUGUUGUAUUUGCUGAUAUUCAAGCUUUAAUCAGGGUUUUUGAUAGCGUUGAUGGGACUGUUAAGCUUGUUAAAUUAGAGGAGACAGGCUUUUAUCCGUUGUUACCCCGAAUUGGGGUCUUAAAGGCGUCAUCGGAGGAGGCGGUGUUUAUGGAUGUGGAAGAGGUGAGGAAGUGGUGUUGUGUCGUGGUGACUAACGGGAAACAUGGCUGUAAAGUGUAUUGGAAAGACGGGGAGUUGGGGAUUUCGCCGUUUUUGGCAAAUCAAGAGGAUCCUACCGGUGCAGGGGAUAGUUUCUUUGGGGGGUUUGUGGCGGGGUUGGUUCAAGGAUUGGCUGUGCCUGAUGCUGCUUUGUUGGGAAACUUGUUUGGCUCCCUUUCUGUUGAACAAGUUGGAUUGCCUAAGUUUGACACAAGAUUGUUGCAGAGAGUGAAGGAUGAGGUACAGAGGAGGAAGAUGCAGUGUCUGCUUCAUGAAAGAAGUGAUGGUGAGCUGGAGUUCUUGAGGCCAGUAGGACACGAACAGUUCCAUACUUUCCUUGUUGCAGCGAAAUUAAUAACCCCAUGUCCAAGUUGUACCAUGGAAGCGGAGCAGACUGCUGUUCCACAUUACACGAAGCAACCUAAAUUAUUAGCUAACCCUAUGUAUGAAGAACCAAUCCAAAGAGUUGAAUGAAAACCACCAUGAAGUGGUCGUAUCUAGUAAAUUGGCUAGCAUAGAGAUCUUUGUUGUGUUGCUCGCCUGGCCUAGUGUUGGCAAUUCAAUUCCAAUUAGUGCCCUUGAACUAAUAAAAUUUGCCCUUUCUAUGCUA